GUUUUGGUAACACAUCGAUCUACCUCCUUAUUGAAAACACGAGGCCCUAGCUUGUACAUACAACGAGCAUGUGAGUCCCGUGCCAAAAGCUCCUAAACCGAGAGGCUGCUACCUCGAUCUACUGAUUUGAAAUUGGGGGGGGGAAUUUUAUGAGCUCACAGCCCACACAAAUGUCAAGUAAUAGUCAAUGACAUUUAAAUUGAAUUCAUAUACUAAAAUCAUAUGCUCACAAAUACAAUGUCACAAGCACAAUGCAUAAAAUCGAAAAUCACACAAUGCUAUGGAGUCCACUGAGGUGUGCUAGCAACACUGUACCGCAGUUAAUCACGGUACUAACCCUACUGCGCAGAGUGCCUGAAGAUAAGCAAGAAGAGAUGAGGUUGAGGAAGAAAGCGUCUCGAUACACACUCGUUGAUGGAGUCCUCUAUAAGAGAUCUUUCUCACUCUUUCUCUUACGAUGCUUGAAUCAUUAUGAAGUUGAGUACGCACUUCGAGAGGUGCAUGAAGAUGUUUCUGGAAGCCACAUCGGUGCUAGAACCCUUGCCCACAAAGUCCUCAAACAAUUAUAUUAUUGGCCGAAUAUGUAUAAGGAUGCUACUUACUUUGUACAGAGAUACUCGAAGUGCCAAUUCUUCGCACAUUUAACUCACCAACCGGCAGAAGAGCUCACCAACCUAGUAGCACCUAAGCCAUUUGCUCAGUGGGGGCUUGAUCUUUUAGACCCAUUUGUGAAAGGGGUUGGUGGUGUAACCCAUUUGAUCGUCUGUGUUGACUAUUUUACAAAAUGGGUUGAAGUUCGGCCAUUAUCUAGUCUUACUUCUAGAAAGGUUUAAGACUUUGCUUUCGGCUCAAUCAUCUGCAGAUAUGGAAUCCCAAAUCAGAUCAUAGCUGGUAACGGUACUCAGUUCAACUGCUUUUCAUUCAGAGAAUUCUGCUCCAGUUUUGGGAUCAAACUACAAUUUACCUCUGUAUACCAUCCAAAAUCUAGUGGUAUGGUCAAAUCUGUCAAUAAAGUUAUCAUGAAGGG